CAGCGACGCGACCUGAGUGGUAGUUGAUUCGCAGCCCCUCAAACAUACAACCUAUCGACUCAUACUCCAUGCCGUUCCAAUUUUAUUGACAUGCGCUGACGAAUGACUGUUUCUUGGUGAGAGCAAAGACUUAAGUAGCGAAGCUGCUGGCUGGGACACACGAUAUGGUCGUAGUUUACAACGCUACUCACACUCCUCUACUCAUCCUCGAGACGUAAGGCUUUGUACAGUACAGCCUUGCGACAAUAUGGCAGUCUCAGGCUCGCAACGCCUUAGGCUAGCCACCUUCCUCGUCCUCGCUAUUCUUCCUCUUAUCAUCGCUGCCGCUGAAGACGGUUCCACUGGUUCGAACCGCAUUGAAACGGGACAAUGCCCACCCAAUACGGAGGGAACAAUGGUCUACUCCCCUUUCAAACCAUACUUCCACUGGCCGAAGUUCAGAGGCGAUGUCCAGAAGUGCUGGGUAGCUGCAGAUUGUCUUAUGGAAGCGGCAGGCGAGUCGCGCAAGCAGCAGUUUGCCUCGACAGCGCUGGUCAUGGGCCUGAUCCCCCUCACGCUCAAGGAUAUCGCAUGGCCGGAACGCAGAAUCAUGCACGUCACGAAAGAGCUAAAGCCCUCCAUCGAGAUCUUGGUACUGGCUCUCGGGCUUGUGCCAGUGGAGACGGGUAACAAGGCAUUAACCAGGAGGCAAAGCGCGCAAACGAAUAUGAUUGCGAAAGCAGCUUUUAGAGCUGGGAGGGGUUCGACGAUAUUCUGGGUCGUCGUAUGCUCUCUAUUGGUCGUUGCCUCCUAUGCUGGCAUGGCGAUUAUGGAGAUAUAUUCCAAGCGAAGCUCCUUAGGUUGCCCUUUCCCGGUCUUCGUGCCUCUUUGGUAUGUGAUCGCUCUUUUGCCUGCUGCUAUCCACGCCUUCUUCGCAAGGCUUCGGAGAAGGCGGACAAAGAAACAUGUCCGACACGGACAUAACAGUGAGCCGCAGCAGGAAGCUGCCAAGGGUGGAUUUGAUAUUUCGGAAAGAGAUCCGAUUGAACUGGAGCGGAAAGCGAAGAUAGUGUCAGCAGUCCAAGGAGCGGACGAGGAAUGGCCAGUCCAGCUCGCUUGGGGUAUUUACUACAUCGCGGGGACGCUGAUCUUUACAAGUAUCAUGGCCGUUACUGUGGUUGAGUUGGUAUGCUGGGUUGGCUUAGGCUUUGCUGUUGCUGGUAGCAGCAAGAUAUUGGCCUUUUUCUUGUGUUUGGUCUUUGAAGAUACCGGAGGAGAAAGAGAAAGGGAAUAGGACCUCCAUUUAGCCACUCUCUUCAUGUGAGAGGUUUGCAAUCUAGGUGAUCAGGCCACUGACGCGGGGCUCCACAAUCGUCGUGGCAAAGUUUUGAAUGGAGGAUGGGAUAUAUGAAGGUUCAAACAGAUAUCCUGUUGAGAGCUCGACCAGGCUACGGAACAGAAC